UCUUCUGAAGCUCCACUGUGGUUUAAAACGUACAAGUUCUGAUUGAUUUAUUUAACAAAGUGGAUGGAAAUAAUUUUUGACCACCUUUGAUUGGUGAAGGUUCCCAGAGCACGUCUUUUUAGUUUUUUUUUCUUCAGUCUGCAGGAUUUUCUUUCAUUCUCCCUCAGAGCUAUGGUGACUUGCAGCUUAACUUUGUAAGAGGAUUCCUUUGCACUAAAGACAUGUGAUAGCUGCAUCACCCAGCACCUGAACCAAGCAGCUUCCUGAUCUCAUGCUUUUGUGGGGUGAUGCACUCUGAGUGGAGUUUAGUUUAAUUGCGCCCACCAUGCUAGAGCACCUGCGUGGCAUCAACCAUGCCCCUUUCAGCCCUCAUCCAAUCAGCAGCAACAUGGAUGAGAGAGCCAUAAGAUUUGCGUUAGAGCGCCGGGCCUGUUUGAGCCUCAGAAAAGUUCUUCAGCUGAAACUGCAACAAAGAAGAGCCAGAGAAGGAUUGCUGCGCUGUGGGGUCAUGCCUCCACUUAAGAGCUCAUCUGCCUUCCACGAGCAGAGACGGGGCUUGGAACAAGCACAGACCGGGCAUUGUCAUAAAAGGAAGAAUAGGAGUGGGUCAGAAUGUCCUGAGGCAAUCAGGAUGCACAUCUUGGAUGAGAAGUCUGCAAAACCACUUCUUCAAGCCAAGCAGCUUCAGCAGAAGAAAGUUCGCCUUGCUAAUGAUUUAAACAACAAGAUUGCCCACCGACCAGGGCCAAUGGAGCUGAUUCACAAAAAUAUCCUACCCGUUGACUCAUGCUUCAAACAGGUCAUCGUAGAGAGACGACUUCAGAAGCCCUCAGGGGGGAACUCAUCAUGCGAUGAGGACAGUAAUGACAGUCUGUCUCCACGUCAGUCAGAAAGCCGGGAGCAUCCUGUGGGCAUUGAACCUGUGUGCUGUUCAGCAGAGAAAUUGACUCGGAGCAACCUCACAUCUCCAACUAAGGCCAUCUCAUCAGCUCUUCGUUUUCACCUCUCCUCCACUUCCCUGAACUCCUCUGUGCAGAAGACUUGUGGAAAUUCUCAAACUAGGUGCCCGCGUAAUUUAAUUGCUGACAGUCUUACUCAGAAACAUAAGAAAACCAAGGACAACAAACCAAAGGUAAAGAUGCUAAAGUACCAUCAGUACAUUCCUCCUGACAAGAAAGGAGAUACAGAACCUCUUCCUAACCUGGACUCAUCCUAUGCCAGGAUCCUCCAGCAGCAGCAGCUCUUCCUUCAGCUUCAGAUACUUAGUCAGCAGCAGCACAACGACCCCAUGCCUGCACCACCCAACAGGGAUCAGGACCCACCUUCUUCCUCUUCUUCCAAUUUGAUGUCCACUUCCUCCCCACCUGAACCCUCAUCCACUCCUUUAACAGUCCCCCGUCUACAGCAUUUCCAGAUUUGUCCAAGUUCUGCUCCUUUAGGUGGGACAAAAGUCUUAUCACUGGAUCCAUAUCUGGACGAAAUGAAGGUUGCAGAACUAAAGCGUGAAUUGAAGCUGCGCAGAUUGCCCGUCUCUGGCACCAGAAAGGAUCUCAUUGAGAGGCUGCGGACAUACCAGAAACUCAGCCAAGGCAGAGACACUGUCUCCUCUCCAACAGCAGGGGGAACCACAGAGCCAGAGCUGGAAAGAGCAGGAGCAUCUUCCAAAACUGGUGGCAGUUUCAGUGAAACAUCUUCUCAGGAACUCUUGAGAUGUGAUGGAACCAUCAAACCCUUCAACCAACCCAGCAUGCCGAAUGGUGCAAAUCCAGAAGAAGUCAACUCUGACCCACUGGGAGAACUGAUGAGCUCUCCUUGCACCGAUCUCAGCCUUCAGCCAUUCAUCAGGGCUCCGUUCUCUGCUUCCAUUAAACAGGAGCCCCGAUGCUCCAGCCCGGCACCUUGUCACUUCUCCUUAAACUCUGCUUCUCUGCAGAAACAUAGCUUGGUCUCUUCCGCUGCCCCCUCCACCACAGCUGCAGCUCCUCUUGUGACUAUUGACAAAGACAAAAUGCUGCAGGAGAAAGAUAAGCAAAUUGCAGAGCUUACCAGGAUGCUAUGGCAGAAUCAGAGGCUGGUGGAGGAGCUGAAGAUGCAGCUGGAAAAUGGGAACAGAGAUGCUCCAGAUGCACAAAUUCUCAGAAUAGUGAAAGAAGAACCUCCUGAUAAGUUGAAUGAGGAUUUUUCACUGCUUGAUCCCCAAAUAUCAGUCCUUUCACAUGAAAAGGAGGUCACAGAGGUAACCAUCAAAGAGGAACCCAUGGAGAUAGAGAUAGGGUCCAAGAUUUUGGUGCAAUCACCAGAUACAUUACUGCAGUUGUCUACCCCAACUCAGCAGGCUCAGGAUCAGAUCCAUCUCCAACUCCAGCCAGAGCAGAGGAGCUUGCAGAAGCAGGUUUGCCUCCAAGACUCUGCUCGACAGCUGGCUCAGCAACAGGCCAUCAAUAGGCUCCUGUUAUUCCAGCAGCGAAACACUCAGAAGCAGCAACACACAGUUCAGAGCCACAAUCAGGCGCAGGAAACUCAGCAAAAACCCUGCCCUCAGAGGAAAAAGAGAUCUCAAAAACUGCACCAGCAGAUACUGAUGUUGCAAUCUGAGCAACAAAAGAAACAGGUUCUGCUAAAGAAACAAGAGCGUGUUGAAAAGCAGCAGCUAAAGAAGUGCCACCAACAGACUACUAAACUGCAACCCAUCCAGAUGAAGACCAGGAAACAUCUGCCACAGCAGGAUCUUCUGAAAAGUGACUCCUGCCCAGCUCUGGCCAGUGAUAGAAAGCGUAAGCAUAUCCUGACUCCUCUGACCAGUCACAUUACUGGAGACCAAGAAAGUUACUCUGAGGGAAAGGCACUAAAACACAUUUUGCUGCAGACCCAAAAUGAGGCACAUUCUGAGCAAUUUGCGGAGCAACCAUGGCAGGAGGCAGCUCAUCGUCUGGCAGAACCACCCAGUCUGCAGUCUCUUCCAACAUGGAAAAAUUCCUCAUCACCUUUCAAACAGACUGAGAUAUUUCCUGGUCUGGACGUGUUGUUGAGUCCUCUGUCUCCAGAUUCUGUUAAAACAGCAGCUUCGCCAUUUCGUGAUAAACUGAGUGAAAAUGGGGAUUUCAUGGACAUCAUCCUGCAGGCGGCAGAAACACCCAACACAUUGAAAGUCGCCCAACACUUUUCUGUUUUCUCACCUUCGCCAUCACCGCUCCACCUCCUGCUGUCUCCACCCAACUCUCCCACAGGUGGUACUCUACAACCUCUGCAGGCUGAUCCUUGGAUACCACCCAAAACCACAGACUAUAAACAACACUGCGGUCUUUCUGGUAUUGGACGCCUAGAGGACUUUCUGGAAAGCACCACUGGAAAGCCUCUUCUAGGGGUGGAACCGGGUGGCCCCCUCACUUUGAUAGACGACUUACACAGCCAAAUGCUUUGCACCGCCAGCAUCCUGGACAUCCCACGAGCUCCAAUGGAUACCUUGGACACGGCCGGGGACAGGGGACGGAGACCAGACAGUAAGAACUGGCUGGGCUUUGCCAUAGGAGGAGAGAGUGCAUGGGAAACACUGGUCCCCCAAACUCCCCCGAGUGUGUUCUCGGCAGACUUCCUGGACAGUUCCAACCUUUACAUGGACUGGGACUCCUGAACACAGUCAGAAGACUGUGUUCGGAUGUGCCCCAGCACUGACUUUGGAACAGAACAAAACGUAAUUCAUAUCUGAAGUUUCAGGAUUUAAACAGACAAACAAGUCUCUAUCAUCUCUCACUCUGGUAUAAUCAGUCUUCAUCAGUUUUACCCUUUAUUUAUUUUAUUGACCUGUUAAUUCUUCUCAGGCUGGUCCUUGUUUGUGUCUAAUCUAGUACAUAGUUGGACACAGGAGAGUGUUCUGUGCAUUUAACUCUGAUUUUUAAUUGGGCUUUGUUAUGAAUUUAAGGCUUGUUGCAGCAAAGGGACAUAUAUCUGUAAGUUUAAAAUGCAGACUCCUUAAUUGCUUCCCUUUUAGGAGAGUAUAGGCAAUUAAUAAUCACAGAGAUGAGGCAAACAUCAGGAAGCGGGCAUAUUUUUUAAGUUUUAACACAUCCCCCAAAAAAUUAGGGUGUAGAAUUGAUCGAACCCUAAUCUUAAGAUCUCUUAAUGUUUGAGAUGUUUCAUGUGUUGUGUAUGACAUUCAUAAGAACUGUGUUGAGGAUAAACUACACUUAGGCAGUCCAGCAUUGUUGUUGAAGUUUCAGGGGCAAUUUUAAAGUAAAAUUUAAUACUUUAUAAUUUAAAUUCAAAUUGUGGAGCCUACAGGUUUAUUUCUUUAUACUAAUCAUAAUAAAAUUUUAUGCUCAAAGCAUUAUAUUAUAAGCACAAUAUUUAUUCGAUUUUUAAAAGUACUCAUUUACACUAUAUUGUUGACAUUUGUGAAGCAGUCUGAAUGUAACCAAAUGGAAAUCACACUACUCCGUCUUACAGGAGAGGCAUCUACAGGUUUAACAUCUUGUUCUAAGGAUGUGUCAUGGUUAUACCUUCACACCAGAUUAAAACCCAAUCGUGGUAGGGAUGGGCGUUUAUCAUAUCAUUUAUUGUUAUUGUGAAAGAUUUCUUAUGAUGAUAAGAUUUUAGAUUUAUUGUGACAACGAUAAACCCCAAUUAAAAACUUUUGAAAACCCCCAAACCUGACAGAAUUGUCACAUUUUUUUUCCAUUUUCUUCAAGGUUCCAUGCGAGCAUCUAUAAAUAUCAAUAAAUUAGACAAUAUAAUGAAAUGCUGUUACUGUGUUCAGUUUAGUGAUAAGAAUUGCUCUUCUUUAUGUCACUGGUGUCCUAAAGAAGCCUAUUUCAAAAAUGACUAUGUUUAUUUACAGUAAGAGCAUUAUUUGGGGCUUUGACAGCAGUGACAGCCAAAGUCACAGCCAAACCACCUGAAAAAGACUGCAAAGAAGUUUCAGUUAUACUUUUUUAGUCUCACUUUUAUCGUUAUCACAAUAAAUACCCCAAUAUAUCAUGAUAAAAAAACAAAGUUCAUAUUGCCCACCCCUACAAUAUGAUGUUAAAAUUAAAAAGAAUGUGGAUGAUAACCGAAGGGUCUUACAGAGGUCUUCUGAGGUGCAUCAACAAUAAAGAAGAUGGUGUGGUAAAAACUGUAUUUAACAAAGAAAGACAUCAAUGAUCAUCACUUAGUCAACUUUUAUUAAUUUUGCCUUGCAAGGGAAAACAGCGUACAGCAUCAGACAUGUGCUCAGGAGCUGUGCCGUAGCUGUUCUGAACAAGCUAAAAGCAAAAAACUCCCUUAUCCCCCAUGUAGCCUAGGCCCCCUGAGGAGAGGCAGAGGUGAGAACUGUUGUAAAUCUUCCCCAGAUGUGUUGGUUACUUUGCACCAAGUGUCCUUUUUUAUCUUGUAUUUCACAGACCCAGAACCAUCUGCAUAAUUAAAACUGAGCCAGUUGCCAAAAGUAAUACAGCAGGCAUGAUCAGCAAUAGGGAACAGGGGGGAAGUGAAUACUUUUGUCAGGCCAGACAAAGUAUCGGUUCAUAAAACAAAAGCACUUUCGAAAUUUUCAUCAAUAUUGGAGAAUGAGAGUUCCCUAACUCUUUUAAGCUUCUAUGGUAAGAUUGUGGUGGUUUAUUAUUGUAAUGGCAGCAUAUGGAAGUCCUGGAUGUGACGUGAAGGAGCCUGGUCGCGGCUUGUAGAUGCCAUGUAUCACUUGUGCACACAUGUGGCUUAAAAUAGUACUCCCAUCUGUGGUGAACAGCGCACCUCCAAGUUGCACAUAAACUAGUUGAUGGGAAACUGAGUCUUGCAGUUAAGGGAGCAGUUGAAAUAAAACAUGUAUUUGUCAAGAGACGUCCUGGCAUCACAUUCAACAAUGAUGAGGAGAAAGAGAAUUUACAACAACCUAAUAAGGUUUUUAUUACCUUUAGAAAAAUCAUAAUUCGAUUCAUACAAAACAGCUUUGGACAUCAGAUUACCUCAGAGUGAUUUGUAAAAAAAAAAAAAAAAAACGAUUUUGGAUUGUGUGUGCAUGAUUCCUUCACAAGGUUUAAAUUAGGAUGCAUGGUGCUCUGUACAGAAACCAUCCUUACCCUCUUAUGCUGCUGAGAAAAUUAUGGAGGUUCCAAAUUUGUUUCUUUUUCCCCCACAGCAAGGCUAAAACUGACGAUGGAGAUGCAGAAACCUCCCAUGAACAUAGGAAUAUGAAGUUCAUUGCUAAGAAACAACCUAAUGCAGAUGAUAAAUGUGGCAUUGUGGUGGGAAAAUACUUAGGGCACAGUCACAUCAUGAAUGCCUUCACAUAAAUAAAGUUUUCCAGACUACUAUGACCCAGUUCGGUUCUGGGGGGGGCUAGAUUCAUCUGACAGGGGGCCUUAUCAGAUACCAGAUUAUGCUGGUCACUUUUGUUUAAAAGCUAUCAUAUUUUAAUUUGACUCUCUGAAAUCGGUCCAAUUGUUGGUUUAGUUUGGUAAAAUGCUCUGUACCUACUUAAGUUGUACUGUAAUGGUACAGAAAUAGACCAGUUUAUUUACAAAUCUUUCAUUUUUAAUUUCUAAUAGUGUAAAUUAAAAUCUUGUACAAAAAGACAUUUAUGAACACUUUUGUUUUAAAUUUCCAUCUGUGUGAAACACUAGAUCUGUGUAUGCCGUUAUGGUUCUAGUAUCUGAGAACAUUCAUUUGUGAUCUUUAUGUAAAACCCUGAAUAUGUGCCCAUGCUUGUCAUCCAGGCUUUGUUAAUAAUUAGGAAAAUCCCUGAGAUGGUAAUUGUAUGUUCUUUACAGCUCAAACCUGGUGUCCUGACUCUCUACUGGCAAGGUCUUCUGACUGCUAAAAGGAACAAAUCACAUAAAAUCUCAGCAUUUGAAAACUGAGGCAAAUAUACUUAAAUACUUUAGAUUUUGUAAACCUAUAAAAUUAUGAGAACUCUUCUGUAACAUUUGGAUUUAAGCCACCCGUAAAUGACAUGAACUGUUCAACAACCCAUGGAUGCAAAGUUUUAGAGGUAUACUGCUUAAAUUCUUUAUACAUCUUGAAUGUAAUAUUUAUUUUCUAGAUUAAUAAUAAAAUACAAAUGGCUGGAUGUUAAACAUUUUAACCUAACAGAGAAGUUGAUAUCAGUGUUAUAUAUAAUUAUUUCCUUCCGGUACUUCAUUGUCUGUCUGAUUGUACAUCCAUCCAGUCUGUCUUAAUUAAUGCCAUUUUCUAGUAUAUUCAGAGGAUUAUAUAUCGUUGCUAAUAUAGUGGACACAGUUAGAGGAAUCAGAUCUUAGAUCUAUCCAUUUGCAAACAAGACGGGUCUGUAUAUGUGCCCUUUAUAUAGCGAUGCAAGAUUAUGAUCUCAUAAAGCAUGGUGUCUUACUAAUUGUGUUCUUUAUGACUGUGGUCCCAACUACCUUCAGGUCAAGCUCCUCCCAUGUGGUUGUGGGUUGAUCCCUCAACCCACAUGGAAAGAUCCUGCGCAGAGCUAUAAACUGAGAAUGAUUCAUUGUCUUUUUAUACUUGCUGCAUUUUUUAUACAGGAUGGUGUUGGAGCCCAUGCCACCCUUGUGUAGCUCUGCACAGGGGUGCAUGGUCCUUCGUGUCCUUUGACAGCUUUUUGGUUUUGUUCAUGGCAGUGGAGAGGUUGGAAAGGAAGACAUUUAUUUUGUGUAUACAUGUGCGUUGAACACAACCAAGUUGAGGUCAGGAGCAUCUUGAUUGACUGACUGAAAUCAGUGCAACAAGUAACUUCUGGAUCUUGCAGAACCAGAAAUAGUUACUUAAAGUUCUUUUGCUGUAAGACAAUAAAUGCAUUGAAAGGAAAAUAAAAUUCAGUUGUGGUUUA